AUGUUUGAAGCAUCAAAGCCAUUAGCCACGACCACGUCGCCCGUUGAACGGGCCGCCCCACCAACGCCCGUCUCAGCGCCAUUGACUCCGUCACAGUUGGCCAUUGUAAAGUCAACGGCACCAGUUCUCAAGGAGAAGGGCGAGGAGAUCACCACUCUUUUCUACAAGAAUAUGAUUGGAGCGCACCCGGAACUCCACAACAUCUUCAACCAAACUGGCCAAACCACAGGUGCUCAGCCUCGAGCAUUGGCCGGUGCAGUGUUCUCAUACGCCAGCCAUGUCGAUGACCUCGGCCGUCUGCGAGCUCUCGUGGAACGCAUCGCUCACAAGCAUGUCAGCCUAAUGGUGCAGCCCGAGCAGUAUGAAAUUGUCGGAAAAUAUCUGAUUGAGGCAGUGGCGACUGUUCUAGGUGACGCUGUCACUGCAGAGGUGGCGGAUGCUUGGACAGCAGCAUAUGGGGCGUUGGCGGACGUUUUCAUUCAUCGCGAGAAGGACAUUUAUGCCGGACAUGAUGAUUGGAAAGGUUGGCGACCCUUUAAGAUCCAGAAGAAGGUGCCAGAGACGCCACAAAUCACCAGUUUCUACCUAGUCCCCAAGGAUGGCAAAGCUCUACCCUCUUUCCAGCCUGGCCAAUACAUCAGCCUCCGCUUGUUUGUCCCAGAGUUUGGAUAUAUGCAACCUCGGCAAUAUUCACUUUCUGACGCACACCAAAGCGGCUGCUACCGCAUCAGUGUCAAGAAGGAAUCCGGAAAAGCGCCAACCCUACCAGGAUGGAUCUCCAAUGCACUUCAUAACAAGUACAAGGAAGGAGACAUUGUAGAGCUCACGCACCCUACCGGGGACUUCUUCGUCAGCAUAGGGCCGUCUGAGACAACGCCAAUUGUUUUAAUCUCAGCCGGCGUGGGUGUUACCCCAAUGAUGUCCAUUCUCAAUAGUGCCGUCUCUGCCGGCUCGAGAAGACCCAUUGCCUGGAUUCAAGGUGCCCACAGCACUGAAUUGCAACCAUUUGGAGACUAUGUUCAAGAGAUCUGCACCAACCACCACAAUGUGCAAGCGUCGAUUUUCAGGACGAUCUCUGCUCCAAGUCUCUCUGAGCAUCCCAACCAUUAUUUUGAAGGGCAUGUGGAUCUUGGCAGGAUUGAUCGAAGCCGUCUUUUCCUAGACACCAAUGAUGCCGAGUAUUAUAUAUGUGGACCUACGGAUUUCAUGAACAGUAUGCAGAAAUACCUUGCUCUGAAUGAGGUCGAUGCUUCACGGAUACACAUGGAAGUGUUCAGUGUUGGCGACGGCAAGUGA